GGCAGUGCGCAAAUUGCGAUUGUCGCGUUACAUCGCGUGUCCUGAACGGCUAUGGGAUUUAGUAGUCUAGGUUUGAUUCCUGAGUUGUGUUCAGUUUGCCAGCGUAUGAAAUGGAAUUCCCCCACGCAAAUACAGUCUGAAUCAAUACCUAAAGCCCUUGAAGGGACGGAUAUUGUAGGGAUUGCUGAAACAGGAUCGGGUAAAACAGGAGCAUUUCUUCUUCCUAUAAUCCAGCAUUGGAUUAAAUCUGGUCAACCUGUAGGCUUUGCAUUAAUCUUGGCACCAACACGUGAAUUAGCUCAACAGUUAGCUAAUGAAGUGGAACGAUUGGGUCAGUAUAAAAGUGAUAAGAUGGAAUUUCAUCUUCAAGUUGUUCGUCUUGUCGGUGGUGAAGAUAUUGUAGAGCAAGCGUUAAAACUCGCCUGGCGAAAACAUCAUUUUAUUGUAGCUACACCUGGCCGUUUAGUGGAUCACUUGAAACAAUCACCAAAUUUUGCAGCUCAUCAAUUAUCAAAUAUUCGCCAUCUUGUACUCGAUGAAGCUGAUCGAAUGUUGAAUAUGGCUUUCGCUGAAGAUAUUGACACAAUAUUAGAUAUGUACGAGAAGCCUAUAUUAAAAAGUCGAAAGAAAAGAAAGAAAUCAUUGAAAACACUUUUGGAAAAAAUAGCUGAUGAUAAUCAACAACGGAAUGGGUUCAACAAUCCCAAAAUUGCAAAAAAAACCACUAAAUCGAAAUAUCCCCAUCCACAGAUAUACUUAUACUCAGCGACAAUGACAAAAGAUGUAGUUAAACUACGUCGUGCUGCUCUGUCGUCAAAUGCUGUCUUCGUCAGUGCAAAUGACCAAAACAAGAAAGCUGAGGAGAAGGAGGAUAUGAAAGCACUAGAAGUCACAGGAGAGUCCAACGAACCUACAAAAUCAAUACAUACCAACAGUAUUGAAAUGUUUAAGUCAUCCACUUUAAAGAUUGGUUUUCCUGCUGGCUUGUCACAUUACUGUCUACCUAUUCGAUUAGCAGAUCGUCCUGCUAUACUAGAUUGGAUUGUAGAAAGUGGAAUUCAAACGAAUGUGUUAGAGAAACUUGGGGUUCUAGGUGGUUCUGGUGAUAUAUCCAAUCGACAGCGUCAUAUUAUGAUAUUUUGUAAACGAUGCUAUGAAACUGUACGAGUUGCAGAGUUUCUCCGUGAACGUGGUCAUUCUACUGUUGCAUUAACUGGGCGUAUGAAACAAGCUGAACGUAAAGAGUCCUUGAAUAAAUUCAUUUCAGGUGAAGUACAAGUUUUGGUGGCUACAGACGUUGCUAGUCGGGGGUUAGAUAUUUCUCAUGUUGACUUUGUGAUCAACUACAGUGUACCAUUAUCUGAAAAGACUUACAGACAUCGUGUAGGCAGAACUGCACGCGCUGGUCAGACUGGAGUAGCGUUAACCUUAGUGACACGCGAUAUGGCACCAGUUUUUCUAGAAGUGGAAGCAUCUCUACUACCUUAUCUCCCAAAAUCCAACGGGAAAGAUGAUAAUGCUGUUGGAAUACUUCGUUGGCCAAUCGCCUUACCUGAUCUACACGGUCGAAAUGGUAUGUUAGUUCGUCGGCGUCUGGCAGAUGUCGCUUGGUCCAGGGCUUCAAAGACUAUUCGAGCUCAAAUUGAAAGUCAAAGACACAUUGACAACGAUCCAAUUGAUUUAGAUUUACAAAUGAAUGAAGAAAUGAUUGAAGCCUAUGCUAAUUCCGAUGAUGAACAAGAUGAAGACGAUAAUAAAGUAAGAAUAAUGAUGACAGUGGACAAGACUCAUCAUUAUCUGAUGAUUUAUUAGAGAACGAAGAAAAACAAUACCAACCUGUUCGUAAAAUGAUUAAAACUUCAAACAAUCUGCAAUUGAAGACAUCUGGUGAAGCUGGAAUAACUGCUGCACGUCGAGCUUGGAAGUGUUUAAUACAACUUAAUAAACUUCAACAGAAAGAAAAAGCCUAUAUGGAAGAAGUGAAACGUGUUAAUAAAUCAGUUGGUUGGGGUGUUACAACUACAAAUAAACACAAAGAAGAAGCUGAAGAAAGUGAGAACAGUGAUGAUUCAAUGGAAUAUAUCAACACUAUGCAUGAUGAUGAAAUGGCUAAUGAUCAGGAUGAUGAGGAUGAUGAAAUUGUCCAUUAUGAACAACCAAUCAAGAUGAAGUAUACAAAACUUCAAGCAUCUAAAAAAGCAAACCAAGCUAAACAGAAUAAAAAACGAUUUGGAUAACUAUAUCUUUCUUUUGUCUUAUGUAUGUUGUAUUUAUCUAUUAUUGAUUUUAUUUUGUAAAUAAUUUCAGUGUACAAA